CUCACAUAUACCAAAGUCAGUGUCCAAUGUAACUUUUCAUCUUAUAAAAGCUUAUGUCGAUCCCGGUUCAACUGCGCAGAGUGUUACAUUUUAUAAAUCUACUAAUCUGAAUAUUUCAAGAUAGCUAAAUAUGGCUGCCAUGCAGACGACAACAACAGCAACCAGUUCUCUUAUUGUUUCAGUCAUUCUCAUUAUCACACUGACAUCACUAAACAUCGAAGCGAAGAAACUCGACAAUGAUUGCCAAAUUAAAAUCCCUCCCAAUGUCAGUGAGAUUUUAUCUCGUUUAGUAAAAUUGGAAAAAAAGGUUUUCAAUUUUGAAUUCCAUUUAUCAAACAAGACACUUGAUGACCUUCUUAAUCCUGUACCAUUGGAUUAUUUUGCAAACGCGAGACACUUUACCUGGAUCCCAGAUGAACCAGACGGUUUAAUAGCAUAUAAAAAUUUCUACUAUGAUUUUUCAAUUUACUCUUUGAAUUUGUUAGAUGUCUAUAUUGCUUAUCCAAGAAUUAAUAUCGAUAUAAAAUGUAGAAAACAAAAUAUUCACAGACGCGAUAUAAUAUAUUUGAUUUUCAAGGAAUUGAAGAAACUCGUAUUUAUCGAUAAAUUGCAAAUGGGAAAAUCUGGAUACAUGUGUUUUUUUGUAAAUUUGUCUCAAGACAUGAAGAAGAACAGCCCUCACGCAUAUGAAGCUUGCAGAAGAAUUGGUAUAAAUCGGGAGAUAGUGAAGAACUAUUGCUGUAAACUCUAUAAAAACGAAAGUAAUCUUUAUCAUCCCAAAUCUAUUUGUUUAGGAAAUAAUAUUGAAAAUAGUAUGUUUAUCAAUUAUGAAAAUAUUGUUGGAACAGUUUUGUGGAUAUUUUUCCCAUUGCUUAUUAGUUUUGUUUCAAAAGCCAAAUUACCUUCAUAUUACUAUCGAAACACAAUGCCAUACGAAUCAGAAUGGAUCAAUGGAAAACAUAGUAUUUACAGUUUCUCUCAUUUUCUGUCUUGCUUAUUUUGUUUCCAUUAUUCUUCUUUCUUUGCCUCAAGACUAAGAAGAUUCUUUUGCAUUAUGUUUUUUCCUUUAGUAAUUCUCCUGGAUCUUUUGAUGUAUUACUUCUUUUUAUAUGAAACAACAAAAAUAUUUAUACAAGACCGCAUACCAUUAGGUUUUCGCGCCCUAAUAUUAGGAAUUCCAGAAAGUUAUGAAAAUACAGGUGGCUUCCUCGGGGGUCCCUUUUUGUGGUUCAUCGGCUAUAUAUUUUUUAGCUUUAUUCUCUUCGUUCUUCCCAGUCGUUUAAGUGAGACUCUCGCAUAUAAUGCAUUACAUCAAAGAUCCACUUGCACGUUUCUCAUUCAAAAUAAGAGAUUAUUAGAGAAGUAUGGCAGCUUAAAUAUUUCUACAGAACAGGAUUAUGAUCUACUCUAUGCAAUAAUGAAAGCUAAUAUUUCUACUGCUUUAAACCCAAAUUUCUGGCAUUCAAUAGUUUAUACUCGGAUUAACCGUAUAAAGAAAAUUUGGUUAUAUUACUACAACAGAAAUAUUUUCUGGAAAUUCCUAUUGCUUUGGUUUUUUAUUGCGAUCACAAUUUUAUUUGCUAUAUUUUCCUCCUGUGAAUUAUUUCUGUGCCUCGUUUAUUACGGAAUCCCAAUUGUUUACUGGCUUUUAACUUUACCAUUAAGUUAUUCCAAAGUUUAUAUUUUCCCACUCUAUCUGAGUCCCAAUUAUAUUUUCAAGAUAGUUGCUGUACCUUUAACAUUUCUAUCGUUGCCAUUUUAUAUAUCAUGGGCGAUUUGUUCAAUCUACGUAUUUCUUGUAAGUUUUCAAAUCUUAGCAACUACAUAUUCACCAUAG